GCCACCCAAACGCUCAGCUAGAUUUUUGAGUUCAGUCGCGUGACGCUCUGAGUGUGACCCUCAUCCAAGCCUUCUCUUCGAGAGCGACCUCACGCCCGAUCAUCAUUCCUCGGCGGUCGCAUCAACUCACCCAGUCCCGCAUACUCUCACCGCCUGGCCUGUCUACCGAUCAGCAGCUGAUCAGCGCAACAUGACGCUGGACACAACCAAGAAGGAUGCGGAUGCGCCCUCCUUGGCUGAGGGUAGCGAAGCGGGCAGCAGCAGUGCCAUUGCUGCCACAAACCCAAACGGUCCAAACGCCGUUCCACCAUCCUACGAGGACUCGGUAGCGGCAGGUCAACGCGAUUCUGCUUCUCCUCUUCACGCCGCUCACCCAGGCUACGGUGCUUCGCCUUAUCAGCCAUCACACACUGCCAGGAUUGUGAUACUGACGCCCAAUCAAGUUCCACCUCCAACAGGAGCUAUUCGAGUCGCGCACCUCGGUGGUGUGAGACCCACGCAUCCGCACGCUGCCAAUCCUGCCGCACAAAGCAGCGGCAGAAGGGCCAGACCCGUGACCCGCUUCUUGGCAGCCUUGUUCUGGGCCUGGAUGCUCUAUCUCACCCUUUGUCUCGUGGUCGCUGCCAUCAUAGAAGCUGCGGAGAGGAACAACAAGAGACAUGGGAAACCGGGAAAGAGACCGGAAGGUGAUCAGCCUGGAUUUCCUCCGCUGCCACCGCCUGAGACGCAACCCCCGCACCGACACUUUGAGCAGACGCUACAGGCCGUCUACAAGCAGCUCAACCUCUAGGUGUGCGACGCAAGAACAACAAAGCGCAUGCGCACGCACGCACGCACCCGUCUCGAAAGCGACUCGAGUGACCCUCUCAUCCCCGGCUUUCAUCACAGAUCAUAAUCCUUCAAUGCCCCAACUCUGGACCCAACCUUCAAAUUGGCAGCUACGCAUCGUAUAUACACAACUGCUUCUUCAUGCGCGCUUUCGCGAGCUGGGCUCUUCGACCUCGAUCUGGGCGUUUCUCAUCGAACAUGCCUUGCGCCUC